AUGAAGCAGCGCCAGCAACCCGUAGAACGACGAUCUGGCGGCAUCGCGCAGUUUAACCAAGAAACUGGUUGUUUUGAGUACUACGGAUCAUUCAGCGCCAUUCUCAUCGCUCCAUGGGAUCUAGGUCAAACAUCAGCAAUUUCAAUUGCUUCCCAUCUUGGCAAAAGACUGAGACAACUAGAAGAUGGCCUUGAUAACGAUGUCCGUAUCCCAAUGGCCACUCGGCGCCGAAUUGAUGCGAUUUCUCAACGUCGACCAUCCCAUGAUACAGACCCUAAAGGUCCCGUCUUAGAUGAGCUACCUAGCUUUUGCGAUUAUGUCAUGCCACUGAAUGCUCCGUCCAGUGACCGAUUUUUAAAUGAAAGCAUAGCUGAUAGGCACGUCAAUAGUUUCUUUGGAAGUAUCCACAUUCUCAUUCCUAUCCUGAACCCUACAGCUUUCAAAGCACAAUAUGUGUCAUUACGGCAACUAUUAGGCGACGGACGGCUUUCCAUCCCUACCCAAGAGGAUCCCACACGACCACAGUUCGUAUGUCUCAUGUACGCCGUCCUAGCCCUCGGCGCGCUAUAUGAGCACGAACAAGAAGACAGUUCAUCAUGGGCCCAAUGGUACUUUUCCAGAGCUCAAGGCAUUCUUGGGCGUCUCCUGAAUGCCAGUAACUUGAGUUUAGUUCAAGCUUCGCUAUUUCUGGUUCGUAUUGUGGCCUAUAUCCUCAAUGGUAUCGCAGCGCGACUGGCCUUCUCAAACGGGUUGAAUAUUGAAUCAUUGCAUAGCUCACUUCCAGUUGAUACUCAAGAAGCCAAACGUACGUGGUGGUUGAUCUAUAUUCAGGAAGUGGAACUAUGCCUCGAUUCCGGCCGCCCCAUGUGCUUCGGGUCGUCGGACAUGAACAUACACUAUCCAACAAUGCAUCUACUACCGAAUGGCGAAGUCAAUCCCGUAUCGAAGCAAGACAUGUUCAUCCCUUUACUGGUCGGAAUUACCAAAAUCGUGAAUAGGAUUAUCGAUCUCUCCGCAGAGCCUUCCGAGCCAGGGAAUUCGAAAUUGGAGCGGCAGAAAAAGCUCCUCUGCGAGUUGGACCAUUGGCGGGCCUCCCUACCGCAGCACCUAUGCUUCGCAGAUUCUGACCGCGAAAUCAACGACAAUGAUAGCUUGACAUCUUUAUACACUUGGGAAUCAAGACAACAAAGUAGUCUUCAAAUACAUUACUACCUCGCUAUUAUCAUUUUGUUCCAAGAUCCCAUUUCAACUACCCCGGCUGAUGGGCAUGCGCCGAGGGGUCAGGCAUCACAUCAACUUCACCAGUCGUGUCAUCUAAAUGCCGCUAGGAAUAUGAUCCGCCAUAUCCACAGGCUCUUGACCCUAGCGCCACACCUACGACGUUGGACUUAUUAUUGCUUUUACUGUCUUCAAGCGGUUCUUGCAAUACUACCUCAGGUCACGAGCGAUUAUUCUCGUACCCAAUCCCAGAUACGCGAAGAAGCCAGCAUUUCGACAAGCUCGCAGCAAGGCAAUAAAAAACCGGACGAGAAUGAUAGGAAGCUGUACAAUCUUGCUAUUGAGAUUUUUGAACAAAUAAAACUGAAGGCCUCACAGCGCUGUGCUGACGUGAUACGUCAUUACCUCAACACAUGGGAAUCAAAUCGGACAAAGAACGGUACAAGUGCUGCUUCUCAUGCUAGCAGCCAUAGUUUUGGUGAUGGUGCAAGGCAGCAGUCGUUGCCAUCUACCUCAACUCCUCUAUUACCAUUAGAUCAUUCUCAAUCCUCUGACCAUGAGACUGAAGCCUCUUGUUUGUCGUCAGACGCCGCUCAAGCCAGGCCUGGAGAUGCUAGUAUUGUCGAAAGUGUCAGCUGUAGUGACCUCACUCCUCCAUGCGUCUCUCUAAGCGAGUUCCAGGCGCAGCUGUAUAGCGCUUUCUAUGGAAAUCCAAACGACGGCUUCGACUUCGACCAGCAGUCUUCCUUUCCUGGUCUCGAAACCCUUGGGGGUUAUACAGUGAGAUCCAACACGGUUGGUACACAGGAUGGCGGCUGGACUACUUACGAUCAGUAG